CGCGGCGCCCGGGCGCGGGGUGGGCCUGGCCGGUGGCGGUGGGCAUGUGCGGCUCUCGCCGCGCAAGGACAUGAGCCAGCGCGAGCUGCUCAUGUGGCUCACGCACAGGUACAAGGACGAGUUCGAGAACUACGAGACGCGACGAAACCAGGAGAAUCCGAUCGACCGGGAGAAGGAUAGGGAAUGGACGGCUCUACGGCAGCAGACGCUAUUCCGGACCAUUCAGGGCAUGUGUCUCUACCGCAAAGCGAUCGAGAAGCACCACGAAGUGCAGGGAAUCCAGCAGGUCGACAGAAACUGCAAACUCUUGAGAGAUGAUUCGUGGAAGGACGACAUCUUUAUGUGCUUGGUCGCCAUGCAGGUCUAUGCGUUUGGUAACACUCAGCCCGACAGGAUACGCGACACCCACGGGCUAUUAACAAAUGAAAAGUUCGCUCGUUGCCUCAAGGUUGCUUACAUCGAUUACAAGCCGUUGGAGCAGGAUGCUGCGAACAUAGACAACGUGCACACAGGGCAGACGUGCCGCUAUUACAGCUGUCUGAUUGACAGCUCAUGCCAGUUGAAAGACGAACAAGGAGCUCUGUUGUCAGUUCGCGCCAGGCCCAAGUUCCAGAUCGAGCUGCCAGGUUUUCCUGUUCUUGGAGACGGCAAGGGCGACAACCAGAACCAUUGCAUCCCGUUCACGCGCGGCCAUUACAUUCAGACUAUGGACAUGAACCAAGGUGCCUACUUCGAGCAGAUGCUUCUGCUGCCGUGUGCGCUUGGGGAGUUCCGCAGGACAAGGGACGACCCAGAUGCUAGCAAGAAGAUCUUGGGGUUCCCAGAGCAGAUCACCAGUGAUAUUGGCUCGGUGGGAGACUUCGCGGCCUCGGCGGAGCAGGCUUUUGGCACCAUCCUGCAGCGCGCGUACAAUGUCUUGGGUGCCCGCAUGCACUACGGGCACCCCGACAUUAUGAACAAGCUGUACAUGAUGCAGCAGGGAGGCGUCUCCAAGGCGACGAAGACGCUGCACCUCUCGGAGGACAUCUUCGCGGGCAUGGACUUCACUCUGCGCGGGGGAGGCCGCCGGAUCAAGCACUGCGAGUACAUGGCUUUCGCCAAGGGCCGGGACAUGGGUUUUGCCGCCGUGCUGACGUUCUUCUCGAAAUUGUCUUCGGGCACCGGCGAGCAGAUCCUGACGCGACAGACUUUCCGUCUCGAGCAGGUGUUGGAGCUACCAGAAGCCCUCUGCUUCUACUACGCGCACGCCGGUUAUUACCUUAUUCAGUUUAUGAUAUCAUGGGCUAUGCCCGUGAUUGUGUUCGUCUGGCUGCUGGUGCUCCUGUCUGGAUGCGAGGGCGAGGUCUGCGUGGCAGUAAAGACGUCCACCGCAGAGGCCAUGAUCCCCCUACUGUCGGCGCUCUGCUCUCGGACCCUGGUCCUGUUCUUGCUCGUGUCCUCCCUCCCGUGGAUCGCCGAGUCGUCCAUGCAGCGGGGCGUCGCCUUCACCCUUGGCAAGACGGCAUCGCCGCUCCUCUUCGUCUUCCAGUCGAAGUGCAUCGGCCACUACAUCAUGAACGAGUGCCGCUACGGGGGCGCGACGUACUCGGCCACUGGACGCGGGCUUCCCACCCAGCGGGUUCCGUUCAUAGGCUUGAAAAAGGAGACGGACGUAUGGGGGAAGAGGGAGUUUGUUGGCCUGUUCCACGACUACUCCGCCAUCGCGCACUACGACGGGGCUAUGCUCUUGGUCGGGCUCAUCCUCGUCUGGCAAGCUGAGGGCAUCCCAAGCAGCGAGUAUUCUUCUCAUACGUCUUUUUCGGGUGUUGUCUGGAGCUACCUUUCCUCGCGGCUGUUCUGGAUCUUCUUUUGCUGCGGCCUGGUUAUCAUUUCAUGGCUGUGGGCACCAUACGUGUUCAACCCGUAUCAGUUCCGGUGGGACCAAGACUGGGCACCCUGCUCCGAUGCUCAACCCGUGCCAGUUCCGACGGACAGGAAAAAGCAGGAUUUCAAAACCGAUUUGAAAGACCUGAAGAAAUUCUUCUUCGACAAGGGUGGCGUUGAGUGGCUCGAGUGGUACUGGAAGGAACGGGUCAAACCUGGCCGCAAAUCGUACAGGCUUUACAUCAUGAUUUGGGACAUCGGCUUCGUCUUGUUUGCCUUCGCCGUCGCCAGUUGGUACCUGAGUGUCGCAGUAAAGGUGGACGUGCUUUCCACUCUCUUCUCCGAGGGCUCGGGGAUCGAGCGGCUGUACGUCUACGCCCUGCUGCCGCCCAUCUGCGGCUCCUCCAUCUGCUGCGUCGUCGCGGUCCUCAUCUGCUACUUCCGCGGUGGCCCGCUCCGUCCCACCGCGGACGCCGAGAACGACGGCAGGAGGAGCGCCCUGAUGGACGCCGGCUUUCUCGGCCACUGCCCGCUGGCCGUCCUCGCGUGCGCCGUGGUGCUCGCGGACUGCUGCGAGUCGUACUGGACGCUCUGGGACCUUCACACCGUCAAGUGGAGGAAGGCGCUGCUGGCGGGUUUGGUGCUCAAGAUGAUCCUGCUCUCUGCCAUGACCAUGGUCGGGGAGGGUACGCUCCGCUCGCCAGCCUUCACGAGCUGGCCGCAGGUGGCGAGGGCCUUGCUGGAAGCGUGGGUGUGUGCGCACCGCAUGGCGAAGGACGCUCUGACUUGCCUGAUUAUUCUGCCUCCACUUGCCCUUCGCGUGCUGCUCGACAGUCUGAACAGGUGCGUCAGUGAAAGGAACCUGCACCACCAGCUGCUCUACCGCGACUGGGGCCACGAGAAAGCCAUGCUACAGCCGGCAGGUCUCGAAGAAGGGCUCCUCCCCCGCGGUAGACGCUGA